AUGCAGCGCGGGCAGUCUUACACCAGCCUGAAAACGGUGACGUUUGGCGACGAGAGCGCAAUCCGCCCAAACAGGGCUGCAUCCGUGAUUUCGGUGCUCGUUAUCUUCUUCAUCUGGGGCGCGUUCACCGGUUCGAAGCUGGUUCCUUUCCACGUACCCGGUCCCUUUACCGGUGAGACGGGCUUCAGUUACACCGUUACCAACGAAGCUGGUGAAACCAGUGAAGCCAAUGUGGACGUCAUCGUCCACGAACCUGGCAAAAAGAUCGAUGCUCCCGAGGUGGCGCCGAAGGAAGGCUUUGCACAGGACGAUUCAGGAACUGUUGGUGCCUGGCGCUCCGUGCUUUUGCGUGUAACCCGCAAUGACGGUGAGGGCGCGCGCGUUACGGAAGUUGACGGUCAGCCAAUCGCACCCGGCGAAAGUGUCAGUGUUUCCAACGGCAGGGUAAGCAUGACACCCAAGGGGUCACUGAAUUUUGAACCCAGCAAGGGGCUGCAGAUGGAACCCAUCUGGAUGCCUUCACCGGAAGCUGUGGUCAGUCGCUUUGCGGAGAUCGCUUCCGAAGGGUAUCAGAAUUUCACGCUGUGGGAGCAUCUGGGCUGGUCGCUGCUGCGCGUUAUUGGUGGCUUUGUCGCCGGUUCGAUUAUCGGGAUCCCGCUAGGAUACGCCAUGGGCCUGUCCAGCUGGGUGCGCGGUUGGUUCGAUCCGAUCGUGGAAUUCAUGCGCCCGGUUCCGCCGCUUGCGCUGAUCCCGCUGGUCAUCAUCUGGUUCGGUAUCUGGGAAACCGGCAAGAUCGUGCUGCUGUUCCUGGCAGCGCUCUGGAUCAUGACGAUUGCAGCCAGGGCCGGCGUUUCAGGUGUCAAUAUCAGUAAAGUCCACGCGGCCUUUUCGCUCGGUGCCAACAAGCGCCAGAUCCUGCGCUAUGUCAUCGUUCCCAAUUCCCUCCCCGAGAUCUUUACCGGUGCACGCGUUGCCAUGGGCGUCUGCUGGGGAACGGUCGUGGCCGCCGAACUGGUUGCCGCGCAGAAAGGUGCGGGGAUGAUGAUUAUCGCUGCAUCGAAGUUCCAGCUCACGGAUAUCGUCAUCAUGGGUAUCAUCCUGAUCGGUAUCGUCGGCUACAGCAUCGAUAUCCUGAUGCGCAUGGCCGAGCGGGUUCUGGUGCCCUGGAAAGGCCGGGCCUGA